AUGGGUUUUCUCUUAGCGCUUUACUUCAUCCUCCUACUCCUCUUCCUCUUCCUGUUGUGCUCAAUUUUACAAGCAGCAGAAUCUCAAGAACCUGCCUGUGGUAAAGAAGUAUGUGGAAAUAUUACAAUUCCAUCCCCUUUUGGAUUAAUCAAUAGCACCUGCUAUACUCAUCCUUCGUUUCGCGUAACUUGCAAGCAAACCCCCAGUGGGGACAAGCCUUUCAUAAACGUAAAUGGCAUCGAUCUGGAGGUACUUGGAAAAGCCUUAUAUUCAAACGCCAUUCUCAUCAACAAUCCAGUUACUUACAUUAAUUGUGAUCGUAUAAACGACGUUAGUGGGAGGGUCAAUCUCUUAAGCACUCCAUUUUUCUUCUCAAGUACGAGGAAUUAUUUCGGGUCAGUAGGUUGCGGAAAUUUGGCUACUAUUUUAAGUAACGAAGCUGUUUCACUUGGCGGUUGCAUUCAAACAAGGUGUGACGAUGGUGCUUCUGAAUCUGGCUGCUUUACUCAAAUUACUGCAAAUCUUACUUCCUAUACCGUAAACAUGAAAGCCAUGUAUCCUGACAGCAAAAGAUGCGCAUCUGCUUUCAUCUUUAGCAAGUACUCUUUCCGUAGUGCUUACCCAUUACCCACUGGCAUCAAUAAUGGAACUACGCAUGUUCCCGCCGUGCUCAACUGGAAUUCUACCUAUUGCGGUGACGGAGGUCAGUCACGCGCUGUCACUUCAAUUGCUUGGCUUUUAUUCUUCUUCUUUUAAUUCGGUUAAUAUAUAGAUUUUGCUAAUUGUUUAAAAUCAGCCUUUAGAAUCAUAUAAGUUCUAAAAAGGUUUUAGGAUCAUUUAUUUUGUAUAUUAAUAAUUUUGGCUUUCAAAAUUUAUACCUAAAA